AUAACGCACGCGGAGCAGAGUGGAGGACAGGGAGACACGCGCGCGACACAAGCACACGCACAGGCACGCAGGCAAGACACACAGGUGCACGCGGGCAGGUGCGGAGGGACACGCUCAGGGUGACAGCAGGAAGAGAUGCGCAAGGAGGAGUAACGGGACAGGCACGCAAGCAGAGCGAGACUGGGACACAGCACACAUACUCUCUCUCUCUCUCUCUCUCUGUCUCUCUCUCUGUGAGCUGUACUCUGCCUCCUCUUCCUGCCCCGGUCUGACGUCCAUCCGCUCUGCACUUCUCCCAAACUUUCUCCACUCUCUCUCUCUUGUCCCCCCUCUCUCUCCCUUUCUCCCUCUUCUCCUCCUCCCUCUGUCUUUCUCUCUCUCUCUGUUUCUCCCCGGUGUUGGUGGGUGCGCCGGUGGGGCGGCGAGUAAACGUUGGAUCCCUCAGCGUACUGCGACCCUCCGGUGUUCAGCCCGGACCUCUGCCCCAACAUGAUCGCCACGCAGGCCAAGCUGGUCUAUCAGCUCAACAAAUACUACACUGAGCGCUGCCAGGCACGCAAGGCCGCCAUCGCCAAGACCAUCCGAGAGGUCUGCAAGGUGGUCUCUGAUGUUCUGAAGGAGGUGGAGGUGCAGGAACCCAGGUUCAUCAGCUCCCUCAGCGAGAUCGAUGCACGAUAUGAGGGAAUGGAGGUGGUGUCCCCCACUGAGUUCGAGGUGGUGCUCUAUCUGAACCAGAUGGGUGUCUUUAACUUUGUGGAUGACGGCUCACUGCCCGGCUGUGCCGUGCUGAAGCUGAGCGAUGGCCGAAAGCGCAGCAUGUCCCUAUGGGUUGAGUUCAUCACGGCGUCUGGAUACCUGUCCGCACGCAAGAUACGCUCACGCUUCCAAACACUGGUGGCUCAGGCUGUGGACAAAUGCAGCUACAGGGACGUGGUGAAGAUGGUGGCGGACACGAGCGAGGUCAGACUGCGCAUCCGCGAGCGCUAUGUGGUGCAGAUCACACCGGCCUUCAAGUGCACAGGGAUCUGGCCUCGCAGUGCCGCCCAGUGGCCGAUGCCACACAUCCCGUGGCCUGGCCCAAACCGGGUGGCAGAGGUCAAGGCAGAGGGUUUUAACUUGCUGUCCAAGGAGUGCUACUCGCUUACUGGGAAGCAGAGUUCAGCAGAGAGCGACGCCUGGGUGCUGCAGUUCGCAGAGGCGGAGAACCGACUGCUGCUUUCGGGCUGCAGGAAGAAGUGCCUGAGCAUCCUGAAGACGCUGCGGGACCGGCACCUCGAGUUGCCCGGCCAACCGCUCAACAACUACCACAUGAAGACACUGCUGCUGUACGAGUGCGAGAAGCACCCACGCGAGUCCGACUGGGACGAAUCGUGUCUCGGGGACCGCCUCAAUGGCAUCCUGCUGCAACUCAUAUCCUGCUUGCAGUGCCGCCGCUGCCCACACUACUUCCUGCCCAACCUGGACCUGUUUCAGGGCAAGCCACACUCCGCGCUCGAGGCCGCUGCUAAGCAGACCUGGAGGCUAGCCAGGGAGAUCCUCACCAAUGCUAAGAGCCUGGACAAGCUGUGAUACAAAGACACAACACAACACACAUACAUACACAUACACACAUGUACACUCAGUUGAGGGAGAUGGUCAUUAGCACAAAUGCUAAGAUGACCAACGCUAAGGUGACCAUCGCUAAAAAGUCUACAAUGACUAAUGCUAAGAGCUUGAAAAGGAUGGAUAUAACAACAUCAGACAAACACUUCUACACUUUCUGACACUGGGGGCUGGCGUGUUAGUGCUAAAAAGGCUAAGAUGACCGUUGCUAAGAACACCAAGAUGACGAGUGCUACAGGCUACUGCACACUGGACGCGAACAGCAUCCAAAAAUACAAAACUAUUGUUUUUAUGAAGGUGUUCUCUGUUGAUGCUCGGCAGCGCUUAGUGGUUUAUAUUUGGUGGAGCACCACUCAACAUUUUACCAUUACAACAUUACGUAAGACCAUAAAAAUCCUUACAGCUUAAAAUUUAUGCUGUCCAAAAUCUUUAAGAUAAACAAACAAAUGUUAAUUUUCUAACACAUCAGUUAACAUUAUUGGCCUAGCAUUCUUUUAACCUUGUAACUUUUAGUUUGGAGACAGUGAGUGAAGAGUUGGUUAGCUGAUACCAAAUGUGAUAAAUGCACAAAACAUUUGAAGGUUUUAAUCCAUUAAAUCUAUACAAGUGAAGUAUAGCUCUGGCUGUGACACUUUCUAUGUGUUACCAUUCGGCAUAUGCAAUGCUAUGCCAGUGUGCAAUGGCCCUGUGCGCCUUCACUAAGGUCUGAGGAGGACAGCCGUUGGACGCUGGAGACAGUCAAUGCUAAGAAUGCUAAGAUGAUCAACGCUAAGAGUGCUAAAGGGACUGUCGCUAAAAACGCUAAGACGACCAGCGCUAAGAGCCUGGACAAGCUCUAAGGAGGAUGGAGGCUCUGACACACAGACGCUGAAGAUGGUCAACGCUCAGAAUGCUAAGAAUGCAGAGAUGACCAAUGCUAAGGAGGCUACGAUCCUGACAGAGUUUUGUGUGGAGGAACUGGACUGACCCUAAACUGGACUUUGUGGCCACAGAGCAGAGAUGAAGGUACAGACUCUCUAAAAUAACGUCAUCAUCCUGUUUGGCUUUUACUGUUUUCACAAAGUGAAAAAAAACUCUUUUUCUUCUUCUUCCCC